UGUGCAAACCCCUUAACUUUCCGUCACAUGUAAGAACCCUCUAAGAACAAUGAAGAAUGGAUUAUAUUAUUAUUUAGCCACCAUGGUUUGCGUGACCACAUGGAUGUCACAAUUUUCAAGUGCCAAACCAAAUCAACAAAUUACACAACACAUGCUAAUGAAGGGUGUUAUAGUUAUUCAAUGUACCUUAUUAUUCUAACUUCCAUUUAGUUAAUCUUUGACCCUCUAUUUUCAAUUUUCAUACUCUAUUAUUGGUCUCUUUCUAUUGUUACACAGAGAAGAGGUGAGAAGGCAAAAGAUGAAGGACUCAGUGGUUGAGUUUCCUGGUUUUCAGAUUUACACUCAUAAAGAUGAGUUUGUGUUGAGAAGGUCCAUGAGUAGGCUACAAAAGAGAGCACCAUGUCCACUUCAGAUAAAGCCUAAUGUGAUAAUGUCCUCUUCUUGCAGUGGAGCACAGAAUUCAAUGGAGAAUGCUUCAACUUCAACUUCAUCUUCAUUAAAUUCCUUCUUCACUAAUAAAGAUCCCAUUCCUCUACUCUCUCCUCUUGUGGUGCUUGAAUCCACCUCCAUCAGAGAAGAAAACACUGCAAAAUCACAUUGAUGUGUUGUUAUAUUUGUAUGUUCUAUAGUUUUCUUGAUUCAGUUCUUUGAUCUUAUUAUAAUAACUUCUGUACCACAAGUCCUAUAAUGUAAAUUAAAUCGACUAUAUUAUAUGUGGGGUAAUUGCUAUUGAAAUUAUGCAGUGCUUGAUGUUUCCA